GGGUUGAGGAGGGGUGACAGCGACCGUUGCUGCGGUUGGCCCUGUCUGCACUCGCGUGACUCCCCUUGAGUGAAGCGCCCUGAGCCGUGAUGGCGAGCGCCUAGGGGAAGGCGCAGACGAGCCCAGGGCCGCCUUCCCUGACUGCGCUGGCCUCCAGGUCCCAGAGCGCGCGCCCGCGCCGUUGCUAGGCAGCCGCCUCUGGGCGCAGAGGGCGGGGUAGGCUUACGCGGAAGGGUCCGGUUGCUUGUGCUUGUGCUGGGGAGAGGGUGUGACUUUGGAGCGUAGUAGUGCCAGGCGGAGGGCCAUGGAGCAGUACUGCAUCUUGGGCCGCAUAGGCGAGGGCGCUCAUGGCAUCGUCUUCAAGGCCAAGCACGUGGAGACUGGAGAGAUCGUGGCCCUCAAGAAGGUGGCCCUACAGCGGCUGGAGGAUGGCAUCCCCAACCAGGCCCUGCGGGAGAUCAAGGCCCUGCAGGAGAUUGAGGACAGUCAGUAUGACCUGAAACCAGCCAACUUGCUAAUCAGUGCCUCACGCCAGCUCAAGAUAGCAGACUUUGGCCUGGCCGGGGCCUUUUCCCUAGAUGGCUGCCGCCUCUACAUGCACCAGGUGGCCACCAGGUGGUACCGAGCCCCUGAGCUCCUGUAUGGUGCCCGCCAGUACAAUCAGGGUGUCGACCUGUGGGCCGUGGGAUGCAUCCUGGGGGAGCUGUUGAACGGGUCCCCCCUUUUCCCAGGGGAGAAUGACAUCGAACAGCUUUGCUGUGUGCUUCGCAUCUUGGGCACCCCCAGCCCUCAAGUCUGGCCGGAGAUCACAGAGCUGCCUGACUACAACAAGAUCUCCUUCAAGGAGCAGGCACCCGUGCCCUUGGAGGAGGUGCUGCCCGAUGCCUCUCCCCAGGCCUUGGACCUGCUGGGGCGGUUCCUCCUCUACCCUCCACUCCAGCGCAUUGCAGCCUCCCAGGCCCUCCUGCACCAGUACUUCUUCACAGCUCCCCUGCUGGCCCACCCCUCGGAGCUGCCGAUUCCCCACCGCCCAGGGGGACCUACCCCCAAGGCCCACCCAGGGCCUCCCCACGUCCAUGACUUCCACGUGGACCAGCCUCUGGAGGAGUCGCUGUUGAACCCGGAGCUGAUUCGGCCCUUCAUCCUGGAGGGCUGAGAUGCUGGGCCAGGCCCCGCCAGCGUGCUCCCCACCAGAACCACCCAGGCCUCUUGUUCCCCAGCUCUGGCCUGAUUCAGCCACAGGCUGUACCUGGUCCUGCUCUCAGCUGGGUGAUGAGGACAU